CGGUUUCAAUUAGACUCCAAUCUAAGCUCUAGAACACCAACCAAACCCAAAAGCCAAAGCACCAGAAUGUCGAAAAUCCUUGCUGCUGCCAUCGCCUUCAUUGCCAUCUGCCUGAUCCUUGUCAGCGCUGCUCCCGCCCCACCCCAGCUCCUGGAUGCCCAGACGGCCAUCCAAAAGAUAAUCGAUGCCUACAAUCGCAUUCCAGGACCUUCGGUUGUCCACCCCUGGGAGGUGGCCCGCGUGAUUGACCCCAACACCUUUGUGGCCCACUUUUAAGCUUCCCCACCUGUACCACCUGACUUACCUUAACUAAAAAUGCCUAAAUAAAUUCUAAACAAACUAUAAGUUA